UCUAAGAAUCCUUCUUCCUUCUCUCGCGACAGUCUCUCAUCCUUUCACUUCCAUCUCUGCGAUCCCCGCUGUCGGAGAAAAAUCCGUCCGUGAAUCCAUUUUUGGAGCGAGCAUUGUGCACGCCUACCCUUGCCUGCAUCUGCCAGAGGGCUUGAGGGUUAUUGCAAAAGUGUCACGUGUGUUUGUAACCUCACCGGAAAUAGCUCGGAGCAAGUCCAGAUAAGGUGCCGCUGUGAUCGGAAAUUUCUGCACACGGCUCCACAAUCUGCGAAAUGUGGAAGAUCCAUUGGGUUUGAAGAGCCAAGAAACAGGGUUGCAAUUUUCAUCCCAAUUUAGUGCUGAAAGAGGGCGUUGUCUCUCUAUAAGAAAGCAGUAUGCCGCACAGAACCCGACCCAUGACUGCACUCUUGGUGUUCACUGCUCUAAAUACAGUUUUAUGUGCAACCAUUACUCCAGUGUAUGAUUUUGUUUGCUUUCUUCCGUACUGGGAAAGAAGGAGGGAAAGACGUCGCCAGCAACGUGAAGCUACUAUAGCUAACAGUACAAAUUAGCCAUGACAGGAUUUAAUUGGAGAACCUUUCUGUAGUAUGAUUUUUAUUGUUCUUUCUUUCUUUCCCUUCUUGAUGUAAAUAACCAUAGAACAUCUUGAAAUGAAAAUAUGAACAAUUGGAUCCACUUGGCCGCAAUCGUCGGACAUUUAUAUAACCUUACUGUAACAUUGCUUUAUUAAGGUUUGAAACCAAAUAUUCAAUCGAGUCAAAUUUUGUUUUUAAUUUUAUUUCAUGUGUGUCCUUUGAUCUACAUGAAGUUAGUGCUGGCUUUUAUGCAAAAUUCAAGUUGGUAAACUUGAGUUUUGUUUUAUCUAUGAAUGCAAUUGCACCUAAAGAAAUUAAUAACUCCAUUCUGUUCUAGUAGAUUAUUUGUUUAGGAAUCCACCUAAAACUAGUACAGUGAAAUUCUUAGUAAUAUAAGCUAUUGUGUUGCAUGGCUUAUUUGCCCUUUUACAUGCAAGUGAAAAAUGCCUCACUUUAGUAAUAUGUCAACU